AACACAACAGGCUCCAUUUCUGAAACGACUUAUUUGAUUGGAUGAUAUUCAUAAAUAUUUGCUCACUAAAACGAGCGUUGAAAUUUAAACUGACCCACGGGUGAUGGAGAAAGGACCGACACGGAAUUAACCGUGGGUUUCCGACGAUGGUGGAACUUCUGUAAAGGUGGAGUAAUAAUUGGAAGUGAGUGUACUUGCAGAAUAUCUGUGAUGCUGAAAGCAACGAAAAUACUGAAGCAAAGACUGGCAUAAUAGGAACUGCAGAGGAAAAUGAUCAGUACAUUCUAUGCUUGGUUCUUGAGCCCUCUUCUGUUUAUACCUUUUGUCCAAGAAGCUGACCUUAGCAAUAUUCAACCCAAACAGCAGGUCACAAUGAAUUUCUGUGGGGUCUAUCAGUCUAACUUAUCUGAUAGCUCAGGACCUUGGAUUCAUAGCAUGUGUAGCAAGGAGCUCGAAAAGAUUCACUGUCGGAGAGGAAAGAUAAGACGCUGUGUGCCUUUUAUUUCAGGGAAUUUCUUUGCUUGUUGCAUCAAAGAUAUAGGUCACGAUCUGAAAGAUAACCAGUGCAUUUUGGUAACACAUAUUGGAGGAUCCAACAAAAAAGUGGCUCAGUGUUAUGAGGGUGAAUACUGUUCGCUUCAUGUUGCUGCCAGUUCCCAUACAAAAGAUACCUUGACUCCCAACGCCACUAAUUUAAUCAGCAAAAGUACUGAAUCAAGUCAAUGGCUGACCGCUGCAGCUUUUACUUUUCCACUUUGCUGUUUGAUCAUAUUAGCCGUUUGCUUCAUCUUGGUACUCCUGUACAUGUGCCGUAUCGCUGGAUGUGCGUUAAGUCUUGCGACAAGACAUUUUGAUUGUUGAGUAAUGAAUAAUUGCUAACAAAAGAAAUACGAAAGAUUAAAUGAACAGAAAGAUGCCUGUAUUCUUUAGAAAGAAAGAUCUAAAAUUAAAACCACCCCAUUGUAUAUCAACGCUUAUAGAACUUUAAAUGUUUGCUUAUUGAUGUAUAUUUAAUGUCGUUGAACUAAGGAGUGAAGAAAAUACCUUCCUUAAGCUAGAUUCUGAAUCCAUGUUUAUAUUCAGGUCUAUAAUUUACAACAUUUUCUUACUGAACUGGAAAGGUGUACUGUAAUUUAAUUUUGUCAAAAAUAUGAAAGAGAAAUUCUUUUUAGAUACUCUCUGUGAAAUACUAUAAGAAAUCAGUUUUUAAAAUUGAUGUAGAACUUUUGAUAAUUAAUAAUUAAAGUCUUUGUUUCUGCAAAGAAAUCAUUCUGAUUAUCACAUUUACUCAUGUUGUGCUUGUUGUACUUAUCUACAUAUUUAGAUACGAAAAUAUAAAAUACAUACUAGUAUAUGAUUAGUGUUUCUCGUUCAUCAGAUCCAGACCUCCAACUUGAUUGGUUCACCGUUUUAGUCUAUUUCCCCCCAGAAAUAUUAAUUCAAUGUUUUUAAUGAUAAUGAUCUUUAUUUAUUAAUUUUGUCCAAAAUGAAUAUUAUGAGGUAAUAAUUUCAGUCAUCAAAUAUAUAUCGUAAAGCCAUUCGGGCUUUGAUCACCCCCUAACCGAAAUUAUCACCUCAUAACACUUAAAAUUUGAAUAUAAUUGUUUUGGUAUCUUAACAUUUUGAAGUCUGAAAACAAAUUAUCCCUCAUUUUAAUAAAUUGGUCGAUUGAUAAAUUAAUCAAUCUGCUCUACUCCUUCUUCUGAAAUUUCUAUUACUAAUUUAAUGAAUAUGUUCAUAUGUUUUUCCAUUUUACAUAGAGAAACUCAGAGAGUACGUGUAUAACAACGCACCGUUUUACAUAAAUCUUUUCUCGUUAUUACGAGAUCUUUUCUCGAAAUAGCGAGAUCUUUUCUAAUAACAACAAGAAAAUUUACUCGAAAUAAUGAGAUCUUUUCAAGUAAUAACGAUUGCAGUAUCAUGUAAUUUUAAAUCAGACCAAAAAGUUAUUAUUUACAUUUAAGGUAGUAUAGGAGACCUUCAUGUUGUGACGUAUUGUUUAUCGAAAUAAACAAUAAAAUGAAGUCUAAUUACAUAAGAAGUUUUUUUCUGUCAUCUAACAGCGUAACGCAGUGGGUUAGGGUAUUUACUACGAAUCUGUACGUCAUGAGUUAAAAUCUUGAUGAGGUUAAACCUUUUUUACCUCUCUAAAUAUUUUCAAAAGUUAACAUUUGGUUAAAUAUUGUAAAAUUU